CCCUCUCCUCCUUGGGUUUCAACUCCAAACAUGGUGAUGCUUCUGGGCCUCGAUCAACGCCCCCACGCUCCCCUUCGGCUCCAGCUGUUGCUCGGCCGCGCGGCCGGUGGGCGAGAGAACAGGCUGGAAGGCAGGCACAGUGGGAGACACAAGACGGGGUGAGACGCCAGAGACGAGAGGAAGGGACACAUGCUGACCGGAGGAGAAGACGGAACACAUUCCACGCGUGUUUCUGCAACAAACAAGGCCGUGAGAACUUCUUCACAUUGAAGAAUUGUCCACCGCACGCCAAGGGAACAAACGUUUACCUCUGACAUUUUUAGUCAGUGUCUGUUUAUUUUUCUUCUGUCAAAGUCUGCAGUUGAAGCUGGACAGAAAUAGCAGCACGCCUUUUCGGGGCCCAUUUGUUUGUUUUGUGCAUCAGAAGCCACCUGUCACUCGCUGUGUGCGCUUCCACCAUGAGCGCCCACAACUCGUCUCUGCUGGACAGCUUGUUGUUCGCCCCGCUGUGCGAUGGCUGGAGCAGCAACACAGAGGGGGCCAUGUACCACUUGGGCAGCACCAUCCUGUUCCUGGGCUACAUGGGCGGCAGCGGGGCCUACGGCUGCCUCUUCAUCUUCGGCUUCCUGGCGCCCGCCUUCCUCUGCCUCACCCUGUGGGGCUGGACCACCGUGUGCGGCCUGGACGUCUUCGGCUGGAACCUGCUGCUGCUGCUGGCCUGCGUGGCUCAGAUCUGCCACCUGCUCUACCGGCUGCACCAGGAGGGCCUACGGCGCGAGGAGCUGACGUCCCUGUACCAGGCGGUCUACCUGCCGCUGGGCGUCCCCGUGGGGGUGUUCAAGGAAAUCGCCGGCGCCUUUGAGAAUAGAGUGGUGGAGCUGAAAGCGGGAGAGACGUACGCUGUGGAGGGCAAGACGCCCAUUGACCAGCUCUCCUUCCUGCUGUCUGGGAGGGUUAACGUUUCCUUGGAGGGUCAGUUCCUGCAUUACAUCCACCGCCACCAGUUCCUCGACUCUCCAGAGUGGGAGUCUCUCAGACCAAACGAGGAGGGGAAGUUCCAGGUGACCCUGACAGCGGAGGAGGACUCCAGCUACGUGUCGUGGCGCCGCCGCCGCCUCUACCUGCUGAUCUCCAGGGACCGCUACGUGGCCCGUCUCUUCUCUGUCAUGCUGGGCUACGACAUCGCCGAGAAGCUCUACAACCUCAACAACAAGCUGUACAUUAAGAGCGGCGUGCUGCUGGACAUCCGCCUGCCCAGCCUCUACCACGUGCUGGCCCCGCCCUCGCAGGGCAGCGAAGGCAGCAGCGACUGCGGCGCCGCCCGGGACCCGCACGCCGACCCGCAGGCGAAGGACCAAGCGCCCGCUUACGAGAAGUGCGUCCCAGCAGAGUCUCAGCAUCUCCAGCCCCGCCUGCAGGGACCGAGGACGGCCCCCCUGGGAGAGCCCCCGGCCCCCCAGGGCCACCGCUACGACCACCCCUGGGCGACAGAGCCGGAGCUGCCCUCUGGUGAGGACUCCAGCAGCCUGGUCCUGGAGGACUUCGCUGAUGUGGCGGGCUCCUUAAUGGAUUAUGGCAGUGAGAGGGAUUAUUUGAGGUAGAGGGUCAGGGUGAUGGAGCUAACACACUGGGUCACCUCUUAAGACACAUGAGGAGACAGGAACGGGAACGCGCCGCCUCGAUUCCAGAGGGUCCGAGCGCCGCUGGCUCCCACCGACACCCCCAAACUGUGACGCUGCGUCUGGAAACAGCUCUACAGAAGACAGUAACAGCGGGUGGGUCCCCGCUUCCACAGCUUCAGUACCGACAACAGGGAGGCCCACUUCCCACUGCUAGUGUGGCAUCGGGCUGACUGAUGCUAACGGUUCCACCAACUAGCAGUAAUUAGUCUAAUUGGACCAGAAGCUCUGCUCAUAGGAACCACCACAUGAUAAAAAUACAAACCAGCCUUUAAAUAAAUCACAGUUAUUUGUUCAGUGAAUCAGUCUGUUGUGUCUGGUGACUCUGAGGUGCAGCAUCUCUAAUCUUAUUCUAUGUUGUGUAACUGGUUGGUUCUGCUCCAGAAACAGAUGGAUCUGUUUUUUAACUCACUAAUAUUAAAUGUUGAAAUGAUCAUUGUUUAAUUUAAAACUACACACUCUGUAGUUUUACACACAGAAAUAAGCAUUUUGUCUGAAGCCUUGUUGUAUAUAAGUACUUAGAACCAUCAUUUCACCAUUGUCCCAUUUUUACUGUUUCUGAACAUGUUUAUAUUCAUGUUGCUGCACGUCACUAAAAGCCUCUGUAGACUGUGUUUUGUAUGUUUUGUAUUUCAUACACACUCGACCUGUAACUCGUGUGUCACUGUCUGAACGUUGGACUGAAGUCUUUGACGGGGCCAAGGAUUCUCAUGAAGCUCUUUGUGUGCAGUGGAAUGAAGCCUGUUUUCUGUCUGCUACAAGUUCACGCCAACCUGAUUAUACUGAAAAUAGACCACAGCCGAUCGACUCACGUCACAAUAAAGUGCACAAUAAAGUCUGACCAGGUCUAACCUGA